CCUGUCUCAUUCUGUCAGACUGGAAUACCCUGGACCACACGCACAUUUAUCACUUGUAAAGUGUAGAUAUUACUCUUUGAAACAAAAUAGUCUUUAUAUUUAACCGACUUGCUUUCAUUUUUCUAAUCACUUUUGCUGGAAGCUUCAUUUCAACUUUGGUAUGUUUUCAUCUGGCUGUGUUUUCAGAGGGCAGGAUUUCUUUUGACAUUAGUGAUAUUUCAUCCCUGCGUGAGGAGAACAAACAGAUCCUGAAAUUACACUUUGAUAAAGACUCCUCUGUGUCAUCAGACCGCUAUGCCGUCUCCUGCUGCAGACAUGGAUGAAGAGACUCCACUGCUGAGGAGAAGACCAACAUCAUCUGAAUCCCAGAUCAAUAACUCCAGACUGUUCCUGGCUGUCUUCUCGGCCGUCCUGGGGAACUUCAGCUUCGGUUACUCCCUGGUGUACUCGUCCCCGGUCCUGCCAAAGCUCAAGAGCCACGAUGCCGACCCUCGGCUCAGGAUGGGCACGGAGGAGGCCGCCUGGUUCGGCUCCAUCUACACGCUGGGUGCAGCGGCCGGAGGGCUGGGGGCCAUGCUGCUCAACGACAUGAUUGGACGGAAGAUGAGCAUCAUGAUGUCAACAUUGCCGUCGACUAUUGGAUACAUGCUGAUGGGAGGGGCUGUCGACUUGUGGAUGCUCUAUGUGGGCCGUUUCCUCACAGGCGUUGCCGGAGGGAUGACCGCAGCAUCCAUUCCCGUCUACAUCUCAGAGAUCUCGCACAAAAAAGUGAGAGGAGCUUUGGGCUCCUGCCCUCAGAUCACUGCUGUGUUUGGGGCCCUGGCGCUCUACGCCAUGGGUCUGGUGGUACCAUGGCGGUGGCUGGCAAUAGCGGGGGAGGUGCCAGCUGUGCUGAUGGUUGUGAUGCUGGCGUUCAUGCCCAGCUCCCCCAGGAGGCUCCUCGCUCUGGGCAGAGAGCAGCAGGCUGAGAAGGCCCUCCGCUCGCUGAGGGGAAAACACUACGACACACACAUCGAGCUCAGUGCCAUAAAGCACAGCAUUAACACACAGGGUAAAGUCACAUGGUCACAGCUGGCCACACCUGUCUUCUACCGGCCAAUCAUCAUCUCAGUGGUGAUGCGUUUCCUGCAGCAGAUGACGGGCAUCACGCCCAUCCUGGUCUACAUGGAGCCCAUAUUUUCCAAAAGCAAAGUCUCCCUGCCGCCCAGGUAUGAUGCUGCCAUGGUAGGCGCGGUCCGCCUCCUUUCUGUCAUCGUGGCAGCCAGUUUGAUGGACAAGGCGGGACGCAAAGCCCUGCUGUACACGUCGAGCCUGCUGAUGUUCCUGUCCACUCUGACUCUGACCAUGAUCUCCCACACCACGCCGUGCCCUCCAGGCCCCGCCCCUCAUAAUAUCACUGGGAGUUUGGACUACAGCGGCCACAACGCCAUUGGAAACACUUUGGACGCCACCCAGCAGGCAACGGGCCUCAUUCCUCUCAUCGCCACCAUGGUGUUUAUAUUUGGAUACGCCAUGGGAUGGGGCCCAAUCACGUGGUUGCUGAUGUCAGAGGUGUUGCCACUGGUUGCCAGGGGCGUGGCCUCGGGACUGUGCGUGACUGUCAGCUGGUUGACGGCCUUCAUGCUCACGCACGCCUUCACACACAUGGUGGACAGGUACGGCCUGUACGUGCCCUACCUGUGUUUCACGGUUGUGUGUGUGCUCUGUCUGCUGUUCAACGCGGUGUGCAUCCCAGAGACUCGCGGCCGCUCCCUGGAAGAAAUAGAGAACUAUUUCAGGACAGGACGUACGUUCACCAUCAGAAGGAGUCACUCGACUGCACAGUCAAGCUGAAGCCUGAACUUCCCUUUGAUUAACAAUGAGUCAUUCUCAUGAUAUACCUCUGAUAUACCUCUGAUAUAUAAUAUGUAACAAUCAAUAUUUAAGGUUAAAGCCCUCUGAGGAAAGUGCUACUUGAAUAAUUACUAAGCACAGAUGGACCACUGUAAGGCUGAUUGUAAAAAAACAAUUACUAUUAGGUCAAGAAACAUGUCACUUUAUGUAUCUAGGUAAUAAUCAUGUUACAAAAAUAUACAGUAGCAGCAAACAACAAUUUUCUAUGUAAAGAGAUAGUGAAGUAAUGUCUACCUGAGCAGAGAAUAAUAAUAUACUUAAACAAAAAAACACUCUGACAUGUCUGACAGCAACAUGCACUGAAUACAAAAGAAGAUUGUUCUGUUGUUAAAAACACACACAACAAACACACACACACACACACACACACACACAAAACUUUUUUCUUCAAAUUUUAUCUUCAAAUACUUUACAAAAAUCCAUGUACAUUUUACAUUUGCUGACAGUAGUUGUUGCAUAUACAAUAUUUUUGUCCAUGUUGUAUUAAUACAUUUCACACUAAAUGUAUAUGAAUGCUA